UAGUUGCCGAUAAAAGGAAAUCCGCGGUGGCUGUUGGCCGGUUGCGAGAUUGAAAAGUGCAAGUCGCGUUGUCGAAAAGUUGUCACUUCCGACGAAAAGUGCCGCGAUAAAAACGCGACGGACAGUCAGCGGAGCCCGGGAAGUCUCCGCGCGUCUGUUCUCACCCGCGAAACGUCGCCUGCUAACCACGCACGAGUGGCCUAACAGUGCGCUUGACCAACGCAGUGAGGCUACGUUUAGAGGCGGCCAUCUUGCAAUACCUAAUCAAAGAUCCACGGCUAGCGGGUAUCGUUGUCUGGUUUGUGACCAGUUAAUAUCAACACACAGUUCGUCAAAUGGCUUUAAAGCGAAUUAAUAAGGAACUUCAGGACCUUGGUAGAGAUCCACCAGCGCAAUGCUCGGCUGGGCCUGUAGGAGAUGAUUUAUUCCACUGGCAAGCAACUAUCAUGGGACCACCUGAUAGCCCGUAUCAAGGAGGAGUAUUUUUCCUAACAAUACACUUCCCCACAGAUUACCCAUUCAAACCACCUAAGGUGGCUUUCACGACUAGAAUUUAUCAUCCUAAUAUCAACAGUAAUGGAAGUAUUUGUUUGGACAUUUUGAGAUCGCAAUGGUCUCCUGCACUCACUAUAUCAAAGGUGUUACUGUCAAUAUGCUCUUUGCUGUGCGAUCCAAAUCCAGAUGACCCAUUGGUACCAGAGAUAGCCAGGAUAUACAAAACUGACAGGGAGAAGUACAAUGAAUUGGCACGUGAAUGGACGCGCAAGUAUGCCAUGUGAUGCGCCAACCUCCGUUGACCUCAACACCCAGACACCACCAAGAACAGCCCCAGCCUAUUGCCACUUAUGCAUCAGCACCGAUUGAAAUUAGCUAUGGCUCGUCUACUUUUAAACUUAAGCCAGUAUUCGGGCUCGAAGACUCCUCAGGCAAACGUGAUCGAUUUAAACUUCCCCCGGCUUGGGAAGCCCGCGAAUAUUAAGACGUUGCCACACUACGGCAAUCGAGGCAAUUUUGAAGGUGGUCACCCAGCAUUAUAUAUAUGAAUCAGACAACAAACAUGUCCGCUUUGAUUUUCGUAAAUAAAAAUAUGGAAGUAAAAUAUAGGAGAGUGAAAGUAGGAUUUGUAUUUGAACUUAAUAGGUUGAUUUCCAAUUAUUGCGCUUACGAUAAUUGUAACGUUAUGGUACCUACUUUCUCAGUGAAAUGAAAACCUUGAACUGACAGCACAUCGAUUGUUAGUCUUUAACGCAAGUGAGCAAUGUUUGCCCGUCCCUUGGAACGAUGUGGUCACUCUUUUGUAAGACUGGGCUAUAUAUAUAAAUACUACUGAAACUGUACGUGUAUGCUUUGUUCAAUCAUUAAAAUUCCUCACACCUGUCUAACAAAUUCUACGAGUAGCUCGAAAUCUGUGCUUUGGUUCCUGUGUGUGUGUGCGCGUAGUAAUUUAAUUGUGCAUAUCGUUGAUCGGCAAAUGACAACCGUGCGACUUUGAGUAAUCUCGGAAUUGUGCAAACACUAGAUGAAAAUCUCGUCUAAUUGUCUGACCUCCCCCCCCCCCCUCUACCCCCUGGUGUGUGUACCUGCAGUUCGUGGGUCCGUAGAAUGUACUAUGUGAUUUCGCCGGAGGCAAGCGAAUUUCUCUCGCUACACAAGUUCAUAAUCGUUUUGGCUGUCAGUUUGGCUUUAUGCUGAUGCGGGAAACGUAGUCGUUGGUGUCACUGUUUAUCGAUAAAUGAUAUAAGAGAGCGAUUAAGUUCUGACUAUUUAAAUUUAUACACGGACCGCGUUAGAAAUUAGACAAGUGUGUCGAAGGCACGAGGAGACCGCCAUGCGGAUUUCUAAAAUCCCGGCGCACUCGUCUCGCAUUAGUGCAUGAUUAUACGCUGCUAAGUUGUGCGUCGCGCUCUGCGAAUCAGGAUUUCGCCAGCCUGAUCGCUCGUCACGACGUUUUACUCGCAUCGAUUCUUUUACUACUGUUUUGCGUGCAGGUGUUUCUUUCAACGGCGAUUUUUAUUAUUAUUAUUAUUAUUAUUAUUAUUAUUAUUUAGUUUUCGCAACCAAGUGUUUCCUUUCAUCCACAAUAUAAUGCACUUGCGACAGGCACUCGUACAGGCGAUCGUAUUGCCCACUGUUGGACAAACGAUAGACUUAAAUAGAACCUGUUAUUUAAACAUUGCGAUUUCAAUAUUGUAUUUCUGAUAUAUUGUGGCUGUAAGGGUAAAAGGCAAUGUGAUUUCACAUUAUUUCGUAAAACUUAGCUAUAUAUAAAAUGAACAAAAUGUGUUGUUAAAUUGCGAAACGUCAUUCAGCGUUUAAUAGUUCGUUUAAGAUUAUACGAAACUACAUAAUUGCACUGUUUGAUGGUGCUAGCAGUGUUUUGGCUUCUAAUAAUAGAUAAAUAAAAUCUAAUACGUCAUAAAAAUAUGAUUACUUAAUUAGUACGUAAGAGAAACGAUUUUGUCUUGCGAAUCAUGUAAAGCGCGUUAGUGCGAAGUCUCGAUGUAAUCGGUGCUUAAAUAUGGCAUGUCGAUGGGGCGACUAAGGGAAUCUAGAGAAGACAAAUCGAUUAGUAUGUAAUGCGGCGAUCCGCUCUGUUUACGCCGACCUUGUCUCACGCAUACGAACGUGUAUCGCUGUAAUUUAAUUACGAGUGAACGCGUCGAAUCUGAUAUUUAAAGAAGUUAGCUCUCAAAAACUGAUCAUCGUUCACCUCUAGUAGAAGAUGACUUCAUGUGUAAUUAAUUAUUAUUACCGCAAUAAUGAACAUUUUUAAUAACUUAUCUUGUGUACAUUUUAGCAUUAGCCCUUUAUAUAAUAAAGUCCACGUGAUAAGAUA